AACACGUCCACGCAGAGCCUCAGCAGCGCGUCGUCCCGUAGACGUGUUUCUGACCGGCGUCGCCUCUGAACGACCGGAUGUGACGUGUCUGUCCGGACCUUGUUUAAUGUUUGGUUCCUGAGUCGAGACCCGGAAGUCAGGCUAGCUGUUGCUCUCCGGACGGAAGCACCAACAGAACAGAAAACAAACAGUUACGAUCUGACCAGCAGCGACGGACACGUUAGCACCACGUUAGCUCCACGUUAGCUCCACGUUAGCACCACCUUAGCACCUCAGCUAGCUGCUGGGCACACCUCUGGUUGGCUCUGGUUAGCUGUGGUUAGCUGUGGUUAGCUCUGGUUGGCUCUGGUUGGCUCUGGUUAGCUGUGGUUAGCUGUGGUUAGCUCUGGUUAGCUCUGGUUAGCUCUGGUUAGCUCUGGUUAGCUCUGGUUAGCUCUGGUUAGCUGUGGUUAGCUCUGGUUAGCUGUGGUUAGCUCUGGUUAGCUCUGGUUAGCUCUGGUUAGCCCUGGUUAGCUCUGGUUAGCUCUGGUUAGCUCUGGUUAGCUCUGGUUAGCUCUGGUUAGCCCUGGUUAGCUCUGGUUAGCCCUGGUUAGCCAUGGCUCGGGCCCGGGUGGGGUGUUUGCUUCUGGCUCUGCUGGUUUCCUGCGACGCGAGGAUCCACAAGCUCACCCUGAAGAAUGAAACUCGUGUUUCCGUCGACCUCAACAACUUUGGAUUCUACGCCAACGGGACUCUGGAUGUCAACCUGCUUUCUCUGCGCCUCCCAGAUCAGCUGGUGAACUACAGCGUUUUCCCAGUGGGCUUCACCCUCUCACGGUCCCGUGUGAAUGGAGUCUUGUCCUACACGGCGGAGGAGACGGAGACAUGCCCGCUCACUCUCACAAAGUUCACCAGCAGCGAGCCUCUCAUUCUCUUUCUCAUCGACAUAAACACGCUCAGUGUCAGUGUGAGAGCUAUGGGGGACCAGGACAACCUUCUGAUAUCAAAGCCAAAGGCUGAAGCUCCUAAAGGUCUGAGGAAAACCAGGCAACUUCCUGCUAAACAGGCUGUUGUACCAGAAGCACCACCAAACGCGGGCAACGAUGCAGCACCAAACGCGGGCAACGAUGCAGCACCAAACGCGGACAGCGAUGCAGCACCUAAACCAGCACCAAACGCGGACAACGAUGCAGCACCUAAACCAGCACCAAACUCAGACAACGAUGCAGCCCAACCAGACAACAAGUUGAACCCGAAUGAAAAGGAUCCUGCUCUUGUGGUUCAGAACCCAGACGAUCAGGCGGGAAAAAAAGCUUCAGAAGUGGAGGGGACUGAAUUCCAGCUGGAGAAGAUCAAACAAGUUACUUUAGCUCUGGACAAAGUUAACGGCUCCUACAACUUCAGCUUCAAGAUGGUGGUCGGCCUGCUGGCCGAGGGUCUGUACAGCCUCAAGUUCCACUACUGUCCGAACAGGAAGCCUGGAAUCAAUUUACCCUACUCGUUGGCCGUGGAAGUGACAGAGAAGAACCCAGACGGCUACCUGUCUGCAGCAGAAAUCCCUCUGUCUCGCCUUUACAUCGGUAUGGCCGGAGUCUUCUUCACUGCUGCCAUGGUCUGGGUGUACACUCUGAUGAAGCACAGGUACAGUGUGUUUAAGAUCCACUGGCUGAUGGCAGCACUGGCCUUCACCAAGUCGACAUCAUUGGUCUUCCAUAGUAUCAACUAUCACUUCAUCAACACUGAAGGACAUCCAAUUGAAGGCUGGGCCGUCAUGUAUUACAUCACACACCUGCUCAAGGGGGCGCUCCUCUUCAUCACACUGGCUCUGAUCGGCACCGGCUGGGCGUUCGUUAAAUACAUCCUGUCUGACAAGGAGAAGAAGAUCUUCAUGAUUGUCAUCCCCCUGCAGGUCCUCGCUAACGUGGCCUUCAUCAUCAUCGAGUCUACAGAGGAAGGCUCCAGUGAAUACUACCUCUGGAAGGAGAUCCUGUUUCUGGUGGACCUCAUCUGCUGUGGAGCCAUCCUCUUCCCGGUUGUCUGGUCCAUCCGUCAUCUUCAGGAGGCCUCCAGCACCGACGGCAAAGCUGCCAUGAAUCUGGAGAAGCUCAAACUGUUCCGGCAUUAUUACGUGAUGAUUGUGUGUUAUAUCUACUUCACGAGGAUCAUAGCCAUCCUGCUCAAGGUCACCAUGCCCUUCCAGUGGCAGUGGUGCUAUGAGUUCCUGGUGGAGGUCUCCACUCUGGUCUUCUUUGUGUUGACGGGCUACAAGUUCAGACCGGCGUCCAACAACCCGUACCUGCAGCUGCCUCAGGACGAGGAGGACGUGGAGAUGGACGAAGUAGUGACUGAGUCCGGAGCUCUGGAGGGCAUCUCCAAAGUCAAGAAAACGUGUAACGGACGUGAGCGGCAGAAAGAGUCCACCUUGUGAGCAGGAUGCUGCAUCUUAUUUUUUGGGGGGGAGGAGGGGGGCACUUCACACCCCUGAGGUCAGCUGGUACUAUGGGGUGCACUUGGACCAAGCCCCCCCUCCUUUGAUAACUCUCGGAGUGGUUGCAGUGGUCGUGUCCACUGUCUGGCUAUGCAACAAACAGACAUUUCCUCUGAUCGCUCCACCCAGAGACUCUGAGAGACGAGCUCCGCCUUCUCUCCUCCAAAGAUCAUUAUCCUUUUAGAGGAAGACUUGCUUUCGGGUGUUUAUAUCGGCUAUUUAAAAACGGUACUUCUGCGAGUUGUACCUUUUUGUGUGUGAUGUGAGUACUCGUGUUUUUGUUUAUUUUCUUCCCUUUGGAGACAGCGGCCCGUACUCAGGUAAAAGGCUAAUCAAUAUAUAUAUAUCUCAAAUUAAGGCGUCGACGCGUCAUUUCUUCUUCAGUCGGACCACGUCGCUCCUUCUACAACUUCACCAGUCUACGUCUCGAGGUUCAGUCUAGGUUUCAGUUUUUACUCGGUCUGUGUUUUAAUAUCAGAAACAAAUGGGACUCUGGGUUUUAUUUUAAGACCACAGCCGCCGGGAACUCACUUGACUCGUCUGAUUUAUUUUUUUUAACAUUAUCGAGAGGCUAAGCCCCGCCCCUUCCAGUGUCCCCCAUGGGACCUUAUUUUGGAAAAAGACAUCUACAGAAGUCACAUUAGAAUUGUGCAAUGAAUAACGUGAUGUUUGUUCAUUUAAAAGAUUAUCUUUCAAAUCAAGUUUAUCUUCCCUCACAUGCUACGUCACCAACAUGGCCGUUAGCAUGGCUGGCUAGCUAGCUAACGUAGCUGUGUUCCAAACGUAACGUUGUCUUACCUGGUGAUGUGUUUUCAUCCAGUGACUCUUAUGAGUGAAGAGAAAGGAGGAGUGAGACCUUGUUGGUGUGAGAACAUACCGGUACCAAACACAUCGUAGCUUCAGAGAGACGACCUUUAUGACCUUUAGCUGUGUCAUCAUCCUAAUUUCUUAUUGUUGACGUCGCAAAAUGAUCUUUUUAAUUGAUAAACAUAAUUUGUGUAAUUCAUGCCACAAGUCAAACAGGAUCAAAACAUUACUUUGUGUCUCUUGUUGACUACAUACAUAUUAUUUAACAAGACAAGGUUCCAUGGUGGUCCACAGGAAGGGGCGGGGCUUAGCUUCUCUAAAACUGUAACACUUCCUGCUUCUAAUGCAGCCAAUAACCCGACUCAUAUCUGAUCUCACGCACUCCAACGAAGUGACCGUGGGAGAACUGGGACUGCUUCUGGUCUCGGUUUAGGUUUUCUUGACGGUCUUCACUUUAUUCCCCAAGUGUUGAUCAGUGUGAUGAAAUACAUGGAAGAGGUUUUCUGUUUCAGUACAUUCACUUAUUGCAUAUUGAAAUGUUUUAUUUCAGUAUUACCGUUUGUGUUGGAGAGGUGGAGUUCCUCCCAGUCCGCCUCGUGGACCGCUGCUGUAAUUUAGUGCUUUAGUGGUUCUGGUUCAGACCCGAUGGGGAAACGUGGAUCCGUCUGACGGCCGCGACCCACCUGAUCAUUUUUGAAUUUAUCUUUUUGGUUUUACCUUCGUGCUCUUGAUGUGAAGCUUAUUUUAUGACUUAUUGAUGACUUAUUGGUGAGAGAUCAGAAGACUGGGCGGGGUAGAAGAACGUUUUGUAAAUACUUAACCGAGACACACCGCAUUUCGUAAGAGGCUCUAUAGACUGUAAAGACACAGGUUCCUUUAAUAGAAGGAGGGAGGAGUCAACACCACAGACCCUCUCAGGUGAGAACAGGAAACCAGUGGAACAGAGAACGGUUUGUGUUUGAUGUCUGUGUGAACGUCACAAUAAAGCUGCUGUUCUGGAAAGGUCUCAAAGGAACACUGUCAUGUUUAUACCGGCCUGAAGAGGACGUUUUUAUGAGAUUUAACGCCUUUGUGUCCACAAAUGAAUUGUUGACAAUUUUGUCUGGGCUCAUUUUUCUCAUCAUUCUUAUCUUUGGUCACAUGAUGUUGUUUUGUUUUUCUUUUUAUUUAAUUAUACUUUAGGAAACGGUUGUCCCAUCAUGUGCCCAAAGACUACAUAUACUCUGUAAAGUAAAUGUUUGUAUCUCUGAAACUACAAGGAACUCAUAAGUUGAUUAUCAAACAUGCAGUGUAAAAAAUAUAAUAUAUGGACGACAUUUAAUAAAAACGGAUUCUUCAA